CGUCACUUCCUGGAGUCAGUAGACACAAUAGAUUUAUAAACAAAACCAAUUAAAGCCUUAACAAACCAUUGGAGUAGGUAAGUUUGCGUUAGCAAAUCCAUUUCCGUUUUUCUGUGAAGCAUCUUCAUGUGUGCACUUUGAGUUCAGGUGUUGAGUCCGACUAGGAUGAAGGUGGUGAAUUUAAAGCAAGCCAUUUUACAGGCUUGGAAGGAGCGAUGGAGUGCCUAUCAAUGGGCAAUUAACAUUAAGAAAAACUUCCCUAAAGGGGCAACGUGGGACUACCUCAACUUUGCAGAGGCUCUGAUGGAACAAGCGAUGAUUGGACCAUCUCCCAACCCACUAAUUUUGUCCUACCUUAAAUAUGCUAUAAGUUCACAGAUGGUGUCUUAUUCCAGUGUGCUCACAGCCAUCAGCAAGUUUGACGGUUUUUCUCGGGAGCUGUGUGUCAAAUCACUGCUGGAGAUAAUGGACAUGUUCUGCCAUCGUCUCAACUGCCACGGGAAGGCUGAGGAAUGCAUCGGAUUGUGCCGGGCCCUGCUGGUGGUGGUGGUGUGGCUCCUGCAGGGAUGUGCGUUUUACUGUGACAAACUGAGAGAACUGGGACCAUCGGCGAGCACAGAGGCCGUCCUCAGAGCCUGCCAGGAAAGGCUGCACGGCCUGGUGAGCAGCACCAAGAACAAAGCUCUGGUCCAUAUCGCCCGGCUGGAGGAUCAAGGUUCCUGGGCUAACGUUGAACAAGCAAUGAUUAAAGUGACAGACGGCCUCUGUGACGUACCAAACCAGACACUGAGGACUUCAAUCGAGGAAACCUUGUCUUUGGUGAAAAGUAUUCCCCACAUGCUCUCUGUGCAGUGUGAGCCUCCUGCUCACGCCUCCUUCCCGUCUGUCCACGCUUUCAUCAUGCUGGAGGGAACCAUGAAUUUGACAGGGGAGACGCAGCCUCUGGUGGAGCAGCUGAUGACGAUUAAAAGAAUGCAGCGGAUCCCUGGUCCCCUGUUCGUCCUGGAGAUCUGGAAGGCUUGUUUUACGGGCCUCAUCGAGUCGCCGGAGGGCACUGAGGAGCUAAAAUGGACCGCCUUCACUUUCCUCAAAAUUCCACAAGUUCUGCUCAGACUGAAGAAAUAUCCUCAAGUAGACAAAGGACAGGAUUUUACAGAGGAUGUAAAUAUUGCGUUCCAGUACCUCCUGAAACUGACACCACUGCUGGAUAAAGCUGAUCAGAGAUGCAACUGCGACUGCCUCGGCAUGCUCCUGCAGGAGUGCAACAAGCUGGGACUGCUGUCAGACGUCAACACAGAAUGCCUGACUUCCAAACGGAAUGAGGACCGGGAGUUUGCCCCAAGGCUGAAAACGGCAGAAAAUGCAAAUAUCCAGCCUAACCCGGGCCUCAUCCUGAGAGCUGAGCCAACUGUCACAAAUAUCCUCAAGACAGUAGAUGCAGACCAUUCAAAAUCCCCAGAGGGGCUCCUGGGGGUUCUGGGACAUAUGCUGUCAGGGAAGAGCCUGGACCUGCUCCUGGCAGCAGCCGCCGCCACGGGUAAACUCAAAUCCUUCGCCAGGAAAUUCAUCAAGCUCAAUGAAUUCCCCAAACACAUCAGCGGCGAAGGAUCCAAGCCUGCAUCUGUUCGAGCCUUGCUCUUUGACAUUUCCUUCCUCAUGCUCUGUCAUGUUGUGCAGACGUACGGCUCAGAGGUGAUCCUGUCGGACCCCAGUCCCUCAGGGGAGACGCCCUUUUUUGAAAUAUGGCUGCAGACGUGCAUGCCGGAGGAAGGGAAGACUCUGAAUCCGGACCACCCCUGCUUCAGACCGGAGCCGGGGAAAGUGGAGAGCCUGGUGACUCUGCUGAACAGCUCUACAGAAAUGAGACUGGUUCAGAUGAAGUGGCACGAAAUCUGCCUCAACACUCCGGCAGCCAUUUUGGAAGUUCUUAAUGCGUGGGAGAACGGCGUGCUGUCUGUGGACGUGGUACAGAGGAUUACAGACAACAUCAAGGGGAAGGUGUGCAGCAUGGCUAUUUGUGCCGUGGCCUGGCUGGUGGCGCACGUCAGGAUGCUUGGACGGGAUGAGAGGGAGAAGCCGCAGACUAUGAUCCGACAGCUAGUUACUCCCCUAUAUGCGGAAAACACUCUACAGUUUUAUAACGAACGCGUGGUCAUAAUGAGCUCCAUCAUGGAGCAGAUGUGUGCGGACGUCUUCCAGCAAACGGGCGCCUUGUUGCGUUCCCCCCUAGAAGGCCAGGAGCCCAUCCCGUACCGCAACCUGCUGCCUCCCAAAGAACCCAUUCACCGCUCCCUCAGCCAGCAGUUCCAGGCUGUGCUGCGCAAAGGCUGGGUGGACAGUCGAGCUCUGCACCUGUUCGAGGGUCUGCUCAACAUGGGGGGGGUCUUCUGGUUUACUAACAACCUGAUCAAGGAGCUGCUGAAGGAAACCCGGCAGGAGUGGGCCAGUAGGGUGGUAGAGUUACUCUACAGCAUCUUCUGCCUGGACAGUCAGCAGAUCACGCUAACUCUGCUGGGAACCAUCCUGCCCAACCUUCUAACGGACUCCGCUCAUUGGCGCAGCCUGGCCGACCCUCCUGGAAAGGCCCUGGCCAAGUUGUCGGUGUGGUGUGCUCUCAGCUCCUACUCCUCUCACCACAAAGGAGCGUUUUCAGCCCGGCAGCGGAAAAGGCAGAGGGAAGAUAUCGAGGAUUACAACAGUCUCUUCCCGUUGGACGACACUCAGCCAUCUAAACUCAUGCGGCUCCUCAGCUCCAAUGAGGAUGAACCUGUAGCCCUUUCCAGUCCAGGAGACCGAUCGAUGAGCAGUUCUCUGUCUCCCUCCCAGCUUCACACCGUCAACAUGAGGGACCCGCUCAAUAGAGUCCUGGCCAACCUCUUCCUCCUCUUCUCCUCCACCCUGGGCUCCAAGAUGGCGGGGCCCCACACCCAGUUUGUGCAGAGUUUUAUUGAGGAGUGCGUGGAGUGCCUGGAGCAGGGAAGCCGUGGGAGCAUCCUGCAGUUCAUGCCUUUUACAAUGGUCUCUGAGCUGGUGAAGCUGCCGGCUCUGGCCAAGCCUAAAGUGGUCCUGGCCAUCACUGACCUCAGUCUGCCUCUGGGGAGGAGAGUUGCUGCCAAAGCCGUCGCUGCUCUCUGAACCAGUUUCUACUUCCUGCUGCGUCCCGCUCUCUACUUGGACUCAGCUGAUAUGUUCAGAGAAUUGAAAUAGAGACGAAGGUCAAACCAUAAACCCCAACUGAGAGGAAAGGACUGCAGCUGGAUCAGCUAAAUUAGCGGACGUCUCCAUUUCCUUCCCCUUUUAGCUGACUGAAUGGUACGCAGGGGCAGGCGGCGCCAUGUUUAACAGCAGCGCUGGAAGUCAAUCCCAUUUGCAUUUCCAUUUGGGUAAAUUAUUUUCUCUCAAUCGUUUAAAGUCAAUAAAAGAUUUUUUUUCAUUCCUAUUUCAACCUUUUUUUAUAUAAAUAUUUCUUGUACCCUUUGUUUACUUAUUGCCUGUAUUUUUGCCAAUAAAGUUCGAAAACAAACAAACAAAAUAUAAUAUUAUUGUUGCAGCAGAGAACAUGUUUUGGAAAAACAAUCUAGAAAUAAAGCUUUGAAAAACAUCUUAAUUUGAAA